AUGUCUACAAUUAUGUUUUGCAAAAAAAUGUUUAAAUCUUUAAAAAAAAAUAGUUCGUGUAUCGUUUUCUUCUUAACAGUACUCUAUUUAUAUUACACAUAUAUCUCCUUGUUUUUGUCUGUGUUAAACAAUACCUUAUUCUACCUGUUUGUGAACAUUUUAUUGUUCUACAUAUGUUUCAAUUUUGUUGUAAGGGCUUUGACAUACCCCGGGAGUCUGUUUAUAUACUUCCACAAGACAAAUUAUGACAAUAAAGUUGAACUAUGCAAAUUUUAUAUGAAGGAAUCCGUAAAAUUGUCACUUAUUAUAAGUGAGCUUCGAAUAAAUGUUAAGGAAAUACUUAAAUGUGAAAAUGAACCUAAUAGAAAUCUUAAAAUUAAAUUAGAGCAGCUGUUUUCAAGUAGUAAUAACAAAGAUAACUAUUUUAAUUUUUUUAGUAGUUUAUACAUAUUCUACACCCUAUACAUUAGUUAUUAUCUGUAUGUGAAUUUAGAAGAAAAUGUAGACUUCACUGAUGAACAAUUAAAUUUUUAUUACUAUUUAAAAAUUUUCAUGAUAAAAAUAAAUGAAUUGAAAAUAUAUAUACAUCAAGAUGACAUACUAUAUCCGGAAAUGCUUACAGAAAUAUCAAUACACAAGGAUAUCAACAAAACAGUACAUGAGUUUAUAAGUAAGAAAAACACUACAUAUAGACAAUUUUAUGAGAAUAUCAUAGAAAAGGAAAGAGAUACAAAUUUGCAAUACCCAAGAUGGAUAUUCAACGUAUGGAAGUAUAUAUCUAACAAGAAAAAUGAAAAUGAAUGUAAGAUCCCGGAGGAACGUAUGAAAUUGAUAUCAGAAAAGGUGAAUGAGAAAAUUCAUAGCGACCUGAGCAGCACAUAUAACAAUUUAUUCCAUAGAAGGAACGGUAAUAGGAAGGAAGAAGGAUUAAUAAGCAGCUAUUCUGAGGAGUAUAAAAAAAUGUGUAACAUUUCCAAUUACAACAUAAAAAGUGAAGAUCAUAAUUUGAAAAAUAAAGAGAAUUCUACAAAUGAAAUGCAUUCUAAUUACGUCGAUAUAAAUAUUUUGAGCCUAUUUCAUCAUGAAAAUUAUGAAAAAUCAAUUACUCAUGUCAAUUAUAAAAACUUUUUCAUGAUUAUACAAUGCGAGAAUGUUUUGAAAUUGUUAGAUGAUUUAACAUUUUUUUUGAAUAAACUAGGUGAGCUUUUUAAACUAAACUCAUUAAAAGAAAGUAUAGACAUAAAAAAACUUCCCAUAUACAUUAAUAAUUACAUAAAAAAUCACAUAGCAGGAACAUUGGAUUUAUUUAAAUAUGAAUUGAUUUAUAAAUAUUAUGGAAAGCAGGAAUAUUUGGUGAUUAAUAAGGAAAAACUAGAUUGUAUGUUUAUACCAUGUAAGAAAUUUCUAAGUGAUAAGAUGCAAAAAUAUAUGAAGUUGAUAAAAACGAUAGGAAAAAAGGGGUUAUACGAUAUGUAUAAUAUGAAUACUCACUGUAAUAGUUACAUUUAUUUAAAUGCCUUCAAUAAUGAUUUCUACAAUUUCAUUUAUCAUGAUGAUUAUUUACAUGAUAUACCAGUAGUGUUAUAUUUUAAUCCAAAUGCAGCAUAUUAUGAAUUAAAUGCUUGUUAUUCUGAAUCACUUAAAUUUUAUAUAGAAAACAAUAUGAACGUUUUUGUUUAUAAUUAUCGAGGUUACAGUAAAUCAAGCGGUUACCCAAAUUUGAACAGAAAUAAUUUAGAUGCUUUAAAAAUUGCAGAAUAUCUUUUAUCAAAAAAAAUAAAACAUUUAGGGUUACAUGGAACAUCUAUCGGGGGCCCCUUAUGUUCAUACGUGUCGUAUCAUUUAUGCAAUUUUAAUGAACAAAAUAAGAACUCCGAAAUUUUGGGAAAACUAUAUAAAAAUGAAGCACACAUGAAAAUCACUAACAAACAAAUAAACAAAACGGUAAGAUUGAUGAAUAGGAAAAAAGACAAAAUUCUAAAUAUUCUAUUAAUCCCAUUUAAAUAUAUUAUAUUACUGUUACACUUCAUUAUAUUAUGCAAGCUAAAAGUAACCAACAUAAGGAUAAAGAGAAAGAUUAAUAUGAACAACAGAAAAAAAAAAAAACUUCGAAUCAAUGGUGAUAAGCUCAAUAAUGGAAGUGAUGAUAACAAUAGGAACAAUAAUAACGACAGUAAUUAUUGUAAUAAUAGUAAUAACUGUGAAAAUGUACAAAAGCCAAAGAUAUCCUUUGUAUGUAUUGACAAAUCGUUUUACAAUUUCGAAGAGGUGGCAAAAUACAUGCUAGGGGAAUACGCCUACAACAUUUUGCAGUUUACCUCGUAUAAACUAGAUAUAACAAAAUAUUAUAUGAGUUCCAAUGUGCCCAAAAUAUUAAUUUAUGAUAAUAAUGACGAAAUAAUUCAUUAUAUGUCAAAUGUAGUUACAGGUGUGUCAAAAGGAAUAUCUAAAUUGUAUAAAAGUGAUCAGGGGAAAGUAGGUUGUACCAAGGAUUUUAGUGAAAAUGAAGAAAAUCUAUUGCCCUUGAUAACUAGCUGUUGUGAUGAUGAGAUGGAUGCAGAAAGGGAUGACUUAGCUAUGGCACAGAAAAUGAUUUAUCACAAUUUAUGCACUAAUGAGAAGAAUCAGGAUGAGAAGAAGCAGACGGAAUUGCAUAAACGGAAUGGACAGGAAGUGGAGGAAGAAACGGAGCACUAUAAAAAACGAAUCUUUUUCAAGAGUCCAAAUGAAAAUAUGACUUUUGUUGAUCAUCUAAUUAUUGAUGAAAAUGUGGACAAAUGCUGGUUUGAUAAUAAACUGAAAAAACUAGAUAUGGAGCUGUUUUUGCAAAGCUGGAAAGUACUAAACGAUUGCAUUUUGUUUUUGAAUAAAUCUUCUACUACGAAUAAUUCUUUCAUUUCCAUAGGUUUAGAGACAUAUAAAUUUAUUAUGUCUUUAUAUAAUUAUAAGGAGCAUAAUUUAGAAAAGCAGACGCACAAUGCUAUAUAUUGUAUUUAUAAUGAUAAUAUAAGUUUCAUGAAUAAAUUUAAAAAAGUAAACUGUAACUAUGAAGAUUUUUUAAUGUCAGAGUCUAUGUAUAAAGAAAGGUGUUCUACCAAAGAUAAUAUAUAUGAUAUGCUACAGGAAAAUGAAGAUUUUAUAUUUGAAAUGGAUAAGCUUGAUAAAAUAUUGAAAGAUUUAUACAUGUCCAAAAGGAAAGAAGUUGAAAAGGUUCAUUUUACAUAUAGUGGGUUCUUUUUAAAAAAUGAUUACUUAUAUAAUUACAUAAAUACAAAAAAUAGAAAAAAGGAUGAUCCUGCUUUUAAUAUAGAAGAUAUGGAUAUUAUAAAUUUUUUAAAUGAGUUUAGUGAUUCUAUAACUGAAAUUGUAAAUACAGUAAAUUAUAAUUUGAAUUCAUGUGGACAAUUAUUUAGCGAAUUGAAUAAUGUACUAGAAAAGGAGAAAAUAUGUUUUUUAAAAUCUUUUAUUUUUAGAAUGAAGGUAUAUGGAUCGUACCCUUCUCAAUGUUUCCUUUCAUCCUAUGAACAACAAUAUUGUAAUUCUAUUUAUCAAAUUCCUUUUAUUUUAUCACAAUGCUUUGAUCAAGGUGAUCUAAACGGGAGGACAAAAAUGAAAAAUGAUAAACAUUGUUUUAUCAAUAAAGAAGGAUCUGACGAACCCUUGUCUGAUGGGGAAUAUUCGAACAGCGAUUGUGAAAAUGUAUAUUUCUUACGUACUAAUUUGGAAAAGAGAACAAUCAAAAUUAAAGGAAAACGAAAUAAAGACGAUUUUCAAUUGAAUAACAAGUGUACACAAGAUUUUAACUGCAGUAUGUUUCCUCCCUAUGUGAUAGUAAAAAAGUCCAUGUUUUUGCACGAUUUAAUUAUAUGUUUGAAUUAUUUUAAGAAAGAUGGUGGUUCCUCUUUUGGAUCUUUGAAUGUAUUUUAUAAACUAGAAGAGAAUACAUACAUAAUAGAUAUAAAACAGCUAUAUCAUGCUUUAGAGGAAAAAAACAAGGAUAAUACGAUUCUCCUAAAAAGUAGGAAUUUUCUUCAUAUAUUUUCAAACGAUGUUGGAAUUAAUAUAAAUAAUGCUAAUUUAUCGAAUGAACUAGAAAAAUAUGUAAGCUGGAUGCGAUUAAACAAUAGAAUGAGUGUGUGUAAAAUUUACCUUACUUUAAAAAAUGAAUUACAAAAAAUGAAAAAUUAUUCCAAAAGUUUAGCUACUGAGUAUACUUCCAUUAACCAAAACACAAGUAUACAUUUUAUCAUUUUUUUGAUUUAUCGUAUAUUAAUUUUUAAAAAGUUGUUAACUCAUACGUAUAUUAUUUACACUUUUUUUGAACGUUUAACAAAGUCGUUGGAUGUGAACGUGAACUGUCACGAUUAUCAUAGCACAAACAUAGACCUAACUACCCUGGUCCCCAUAUCUCGCUUUGAUGUUUCCUAUAGGGAAGCUUAUAAGGUUUACUCUCCCAAAGUUUUGGGUUGUCCUUUGCUCGUAAACUGUGGACAUAACGGAAGUAUGAACAAGGAAAAUCUAGACUUUUUUGGUCUUUGCCUGGAUUUCUAUCUAAAAGAGUACAUAUAA